GUCUUCGCGGGUUUAAAACUUUAUGAAGAGUAGUCACUGGUGUUUUUUGCUUCACGUUCGACGUUUUCCAUCUCGGUGAAACAAAAUUUUCUCAGCACAGUUGAGGAUUGCAUCAACUUGGAGGUCAGAAAAUGUUGGGCCGUUGUGCACGGACAGCUAUUACAGCUGGGCGCAUGUUUUCGGGUGAGGCAAUGGUGGAAGCUGUAUCAAAUGGUGGCAGCCAUAGCACCAGAGCAAACACUGGUGGACAGGACACGAUAGGACGAAGGCUUCUCACUCUCAUAUACCCGAAACGCAGUGCAGUUGUCACUAUCCAAAAAUGGAUUGAAGAAGGUAAAUCUGUCCGCAAGUAUGAGCUUAAUCGUGUUGUUCGAGAGCUUCGAAAGCUUCAGCGUUACAAACAUGCACUUGAGGUAUGUGAAUGGAUGACUGUUCGACGAGACAUGAAGCUGUUACCAGGGGACUAUGCCAUCCAUUUGGACUUAGUUGCAAAAGUCCGUGGCUUGGCUAGUGCAGAAAAGUUCUUCGAAGAUCUUCCUGAGAAAAUGAAGGGACAACCUACCUGUGGUGCUCUUCUUCACACCUAUGUACAGAACAAGUUGUCUGUUAAGGCUGAAGCUUUGAUGGAGAAAAUGUCAGAAUGUGGAUUUCUGAAAAAUUGUCUUCCUUAUAACCACAUGCUAUCCUUGUAUAUCUCAAAUGGAGAGUUGGAGAAGGCUCUGGCAAUGAUUCAGGAGUUGAAGAAGAAAACAUCCCCGGAUGUGGUUACAUACAAUCUUUGGUUAAAGAUAUGUGCUUUGCAGAAUGAUGUCAAGGGUGCUGAACAGGUCUACCUUGAACUGAAAAUGUCAAAAGUAUUGGGAGACUGGGUUACAUACAGCGUGUUGUCCAGCUUGUACAUAAAAAAUGAUCUGCUUGAGAAGGCAACACAUACCUUGAAAGAGAUGGAGAAAAGGGUUUCUCGAAAAGAACGCGUUGCUUAUCCAUCCCUUGUUAGUUUGCAUGCAAGCAAGGGUGAUAAGGAUCAGGUCUACCAAGUAUGGAAGAAGCUUAAGUCAACCUUUCAUAAGAUGAAUGAUGCUGAGUAUACCUGUAUGAUAGCGUCAUUGUUGAAACUUGGAGAAUUUGAGGAAGCUGAGAAUAUCUAUACGGAGUGGGAAUCUGUGUCCGGGACUAGAGACUCUAGGAUUCCUAAUUUGCUCCUUGCAGCUUACAUUAACAAUGAUCAGAUGGAGAAGGCAGAGAGUUUUUACAACCGUAUGGUGGAAAAAGGCAUUGCACCUUCUUACAAUACUUAUGAACUUCUCACAUGGGGUUAUUUGGGUAAGAAGAAGAUGGACAAAGUCCUAGACUACUUUGAGAAAGCCGUCAAGAGUGUGAAGAAAUGGGAUCCCGAUCAUAAAAUGGUCAGCGAAAUAUACAGUCACCUUGAGAAGGAAGCGAAUGUUGACGAUGCAGAGCAGUUCUUGGUUAUCCUUCAAAAUGCUGGCCAUGUGAGCACACAGAUCUAUAACUCUCUGCUGCGGACAUAUGUGAAUGCUGGGAAGAUGCCUCUUAUUGUUGCUGAACGCAUGAAUAAGGAUAAUGUUCAGUUGGAUGAAGAGACACACCAGCUCAUUAAAUCAACAAGCAAACUUUGUGUAGGUGAAAUUUCUGGAAUCUUUUCUUGAGAGAUGCAAAACCAUUGAAUGCACCUUUAAGGAAGGAUAUGGUGCAGAUUAGAGGAUUUGACAGAACAAGGGGUAGACU